AUGAAAGGCGUUGCUGCAAGGAGCCGCCGGGUGACGACGGGGCAGGUACUGAGUUUCUUGGUUUUGCUCGGCGUUUCCGACUGGGCUUCCGCCGCGAUCCGCUAUGCGAUUCCCGAGGAAGCGCGGAGAGGCUCCGCGGUGGGAAAUGUGGUAGCUGACCUAAAGCUGGAUCUCGGGCGGCUGCCGGAUCGCCGGCUCCGGGUCGUGUCCGGCGGCAGUAAGAAGUACUUCAGGGUGGAUCUAAAGAGCGGCGCGCUGCUGGUGAGCGAGCGGAUAGACCGGGAGGAGCUCUGCGGCGCCGUGUCUCCCUGCUCCUUGAGCUUUGAGGUCUUGGUGGAGAACCCGCUGGAGCUGUACAGCGGCGUCGUAGAGAUCCUGGAUAUCAAUGACAACGACCCAGUUUUCCCGAGCAGCCAGGCGAGGCUGGAAAUCAGCGAGUCGGUGGCGCCCAGGGUGCGCUUCCCGCUAGAGAGCGCGCAAGACCCCGAUGUGGGAAUUAACUCUUUGCAAACUUACCAGCUGAGUGCCAACCCGCAUUUUGUCCUGGAUGUGCAGACGAGGGGAGAUGGCAGCAAGCAUGCGGAGUUGGUUCUAGAGAAGGAGCUGGAUAGGGAGGAGCAGCGGGAACUGCACUUGGUCCUGACCGCGCUGGAUGGAGGCAGCCCGCCGCGGUCUGCCAGCGUGCAGAUCCACAUUGACGUUGUGGACGCCAACGAUAACGCCCCGGUCUUCAACCACUCCACCUACAAGGCGAGCGUGAGGGAGAACACGCCCAGCGGCACCCUGGUGGCCAGGAUCAGCGCUUACGAUCUGGAUGAUGGGCCCAACGGAGACAUCAUCUACUCUUUCAGCAGCCACACGCUGGCAAAGGUGAGGGAGCUCUUCACACUGGACUCGGCCACGGGAGAGCUGAAGGUUAAGGGGCAGCUGGACUACGAGGAAACGAAGCUGUACGAGAUUUAUUUACAGGCUAAAGACAAGGGCGUCGUUCCCGGCGUAGCUCAUUGCAAAGUGCUGGUGGAAGUCGUGGAUGUGAACGACAAUGCUCCGGAGGUGACAGUGACCUCUGUGUACAGCCCUGUGCCCGAGGAUGCCGCCCCGGGGACGGUCGUAGCUCUGCUGAGCGUAACAGACCUGGACUCCGGAGACAACGGUCUGGUGAACUGCUUUAUUUCUCCUGGAAUCCCAUUCACUCUCAGCUCCUCCCUCAAAAGCUACUACACGUUGAAAACCAAAGAGGCUCUGGACCGCGAAGAAGCGUCGAAGUACAACAUCACCAUCACAGCCAGGGACUUGGGCUCGCCGCCCUUGUCUGCAGUAAAACAGCUCCUAGUGCAGGUGUCAGACGUCAAUGACAAUGCACCCAAGUCUCCCCAGGACCACUAUGAUGUAUAUGUGCCGGAGAACAACGAAGCUGGCAUCCCUAUCCUAAACAUAAGCGCCACGGACCCGGACCUGGGACCCAACUCUCGUCUCUCGUAUGUCCUUCUUCAGGGUGACCCCGCAGUGAGCCGCCUCUUCUCCAUCAACCAUGAGAAUGGCACACUCUAUCUGCUUGCCUCCCUGGACCACGAGGACCAGGUGAAGUUCAGCAUGAUGGUGCAGGUCCAGGAUGGUGGCUCUCUACCCCUGUCCACCAACCUGUCGGUCAGUGUGUUUGUCACAGACCUCAACGACAACGCCCCAGUUGUGCUGUAUCCCCGUCCCAACUCCAGCGACGUGGUGGCGCCAGGCACUCCUGCCAGGCAUAUGGUCACCAAAGUGGUGGCGGUGGAUCCAGACUUGGGGUAUAACGCCUGGAUCUCGUACACCUUGCUGCAGGCCACUGACCCCAGUCUCUUCUCGGACCACGGGGAGCCCGUGCUGUCCAGCAGCGUCACCGUCACCAUCUCAGUGGAUGAGAUGGUCAAAGAGGCGCUCAUUGACCUCACGGACGUGGCGCCCGCCCACGACCCUAGGAAGCAUGUGACUUUCUAUCUCAUCCUGGCUGUGAUUUUAGUCUCGGCGGCUUUCUUCAUCACCAUAGUGUCCGUGGGUAUUUUCAAGUGCUACAAAUGGAGGCAGUCGAAGGAGCUGUUCAACAACUCCAGGAGCACCCUGUACAGGACGCCGGGGCCUUUCCACCACAUCGAUGCUGUGCGGGGUGGCUUCACACCGCCCAACUUGUACCAUCAGGUUUAUCUCACCACAGACUCCCGCCAGAGCGAUAUCCUGUGCAAAAAGCCCUUCACUUCCAGUCCCCUGGGGAGCCGCCAGAAUACCAUGAGGAAUGGAGAACCGGGACUGUACCACCAGAUCGUGGGCACCGCCAGCAGGCUCCCCAAGGCCGCCGAGAUUGAUUUGAGAGCUUUCAGCUACGGGGACGCUUCGAUCCUCAGGGGUGAAACCGUGCGCUGGAUCCGGCGGAAGGGGAAAAUGCGGGAGGUUUCCAAGGCUGACGGUGCCGACCAGAACGGGCUGCGGCAGCUGCUGCAGCAAAUUUCCUUCUCCUGUGCCGGUGGUGUUACAUACGGGGACGGGGAUGACUCCCGACAGCAAUGCGGCGGGGACGACACAGCCUCCGUGCUGGCCCAGGGCAGGGAGGCUUCUGGCGAGGCGCACCUGCUCCACAUCAAUUCCCACGGGAGCAGGGCCCUGUGUCGCUGGCCGCGAUGUCCUCUCGUUAUCUAUCUCCGUCGUUGCGAGGGGACUGUCUGUGAUGGGCCCUGGAGCCCUCGGGGCGGCAGGGGAAAGUCUCAUCUCUACGUGGGCCACAAUUGCAGUUACUGCAAUGGCUUGCUGCUAGUGGCACCUCCGGAAACCUUCGGGGCAUAA